ACGUCACAUAAAUAACCCCAAAGACUUGUUCUUCAGCUCAUUUAACUGCAGCCGCUCAUAAGUCUUGUUCCCGAAGCCUUUACUGCUGCCACUACAUGAUUCACCGUCGCCAUUAUGAGUCGAGCAAAGCCAGCAAUUUGCAUUUUCCUGUUAUUCGCCCUUUUCGCUGGUAUCUUCAGCGCAUAUGAAUAUGACGAAGACUUCCGUCCCUGUGACGAAGACAAAUGCUUCGUUGAAAUCCAUUCACAUGUCCCACAAUGCUGGGUGCAAGGCGAGAACCAGAAUAUUCACUACAUGAAUCCCAUGGACGGCGGCUUUCACAGUAUCCCGAACGGGUGUUGGAGAUCCAACCUAUUCGGCGGCGACGGAUACCUUGUCGCGUAUCCCUCAACAGGCGGCGUCGUGUUCCUCAGGAACCCGUUGGCCGUGGACCUUCAAUACCUCGGACUACCGAACACGCACGAUACCUCGCGGUCGCCGGAUGAAGACGAUGGGCUCGCCACUCGCAUGGUCCAGCUUGGCGCGCAGUGGUGGCCGAAUUGGGAUCUAUACUUUCGGCACUCGCGCAGAGUCGAUGACGGAAUUUUUUAUGACUAUCAUUUUCCUUCGGAAGUACACGUCGCCUUCCCGACGACAGGCGGUGCGUGGGUAGCAAAUUUCACGCGAGAUGCACUACGGCAUAAAUAUGAAGACAAAGUCUGUCAGUCUUGGCUUCCACAUGCACCAGAUUUGUGGCGUGUCAAGAUGCGAUACGCUUUGACUAUGAACGACAAGGCCGAAAUGAUGAAGGAUAUGGGCGUUACGUUUUACGGCUCUAUCGAUGAGGUUCCUGGCCUCGGAAAGACUGUAGAUGAGGCUAUUACCUUGUUUGAGCCGUUUCGGGAGCGAUUGAAGAACAUGGAGGAUGGUGGCUAUAGAGGGCGAUUUUGUACGAAUUACAAAGAUGAGGAUCACGAGAAUAAGGACGCGGCAAAUGAGAAGCUUGAAAAGCCAAGAUGGGGAAUAGGGUGGCUCUUUAAUGAAUUGCGUUAAUACCAAACCUCAGACUCUGGACUGUGGACGCAAUAUGCCCUUCCGCGGUAAAGCCCAAAUUGGCGGCUAUCAAGAUUCUGCCUGUAAGACGAACCCAAUACCAGUGAGCAGGUCGUUUAUGAAGCUUCCGUCCGGAGGCUCGCAACCGAACGCCCAGAAUACGUGCGGCAACCCUUCAUAGUGGUCAAGUUUCGUCGAAACGCUACUGAAUGUCAGCUAGACGGCCUCCAAAUAACGGCUCGAGGCAGUGAUGUGUUAAUCGUACCCGAGGUCACGCAGCACUUUAUCGAAAAUUAAUCCAUCAUCUCUUAGGGGGUCAACCCCGCACACAGAGAUAUACGUCGGAGGAAAUUUGCGUAGAUGUGGGCUAUGGAGAACAAAUACGUCGGGGUCGUCGGGGUUAGCCUCCGCGGCAUCUAUGAUGAUCUGUUAGCAAGGCGUUGAGAAAACAAACACGCGCGAAACGUACCGAGAAAAGCAUUCAUAGCUUCGGCAGUAUUGGCCGGAGCGUCCUCAUUUGCGCGGAAAGACUGGUACAUAUCGGCGUAGGCAGGAGGGACGCGCGACGGGUGUACGACGAAUGGAACGACUGACACUAUACCCUUAAUUUCUGGCCCCC